CGCUCUAGCCCGCCGAGCGCUCGGUGCCCCACGGGCCGCGCGCCGUGGGCGCUCUAGCCGGCAGUUUCGGGUCUCGUCCCUAGCCAGCUGGGAGGCCCACGUUCCGCAGCGCCCCGCGCGGGCUGAGACUCCCCGGCUCCUUGGUGUCAGAGUCGGGAGGGACACGCGGAGGGAGCGGCAGGCUUCUCUCUGGUUUGCAGACUCCGCCGCAGGCCAGACAUGGAGUUCGCCAGCACCGGCUCCAGCUUUCAGUCGGAUCUGGACUUCUGUCCGGAGUGCGGCUCCGUCCUGCCUCUGCCCGGCGCGCAAGACACGCUCGCCUGCAUUCGCUGCGGCUUCCCCGUCAGCGUGAGGGACUUGGAAGGAAAGGUGGUGAAGACCUCAGUUGUGCUGCACAAACUGGGGACAGCCGUGCCUCAGUGGGGCGAGGAAGGACCGGAGUUCCAGGGACCCGUGGUUGACAGACGCUGCUCUCGAUGUGGCCACGAGGGAAUGGCCUACCACACCAGACAGAUGCGCUCAGCUGAUGAGGGGCAGACUGUCUUCUACACCUGCACCAACUGCAAGUUUCAGGAAAAGGAAGACUCUUGAUCUUUUCUGGAUGACCCAGUAUCUCUCUGCUCUUCCCUGGAUGGUGGUUCUUACAUGCCCUGUCAAAGCCUUGCUUUCUACUUGAAGUGGUUUUGUUGCCAGAGGAGAAUCAGACCAUCAUGUGGUGACUACCCUUGUCCCAGGGCCCUCCUAUCCCAGUUAAGUUUAUUAAAGUUACGUUUUUCUAUACA